CGCCGUUGUUUCAGGAUAUGCAAGAACGGCUUUAAAAUGGUCAAUGGUUGUCAAUCAUGUCUGUGCAAUCCAGGUCCAAGUACCUGCCCAAAGAUACGCUGCUCCCUGCUCCAGGCGUGCCGUUUUGGCGUGCAGAAAGUAAACGGUUGCCCCACGUGUUCUUGUAAGCCUCGGUUGUGUCCCCUUUGGUCCAGCUACCAAUGCAGGAGGCGCUGUCUGUCAGGGUAUACCAUCCGUACAGUAGGUCGUAGAGGAUGUCCGACAUGCAUGUGCAGACGAAGGUCACGUUUUGGUGCAGCUAACGUUCCUGCGGUGUCUCUGUCCCAGAAAAGACCGGUGUGUGGUCCCGUGUGCGCAAUCUUCUGUAAAUGUGGGAAUAUCCCUGAUGAGAGAGGAUGUCCAACGUGUCGUUGUCGACCAUGUGGACCGUCAAUCUGCCCCUUACGUCGCUGUGCUCGACCAAUCGAAUGUCGUUUUGGGGUAAAGAAAGUGAACGGUUGCCCCACGUGUGAGUGUAAUCCUGGCCCUGCCGAUUGCUCCAAGGUCGGGUGCCCACCAGAUGUCGCUAUCAAGUGUGCUUAUGGCGUCAAGAUAAUAAAUGGCUGUCCUUCGUGUUCCUGCAACUCUGGUCCAGUGUGUCCAAAGCGCCGUUGUUUCAGGAUAUGCAAGAACGGCUUUAAAAUGGUCAAUGGUUGUCAAUCAUGUCUGUGCAAUCCAGGUCCAAGCACCUGCCCCAAGAUACGCUGCUCCCUGCUCCAGGCGUGCCGUUUUGGCGUGCAGAAAGUAAACGGUUGCCCCACGUGUUCUUGUAAGCCUCGGUUGUGUCCCCUUGGUCCAGCAACCAAUGCAGGAGGCGCUGCC